AUGUUUGCAACAUUUGUCAGUGGAGUUAUCAAUUUCUUUGGCGAUGAAUAUCUAAGAAGACCCACACCAGAGGAUCUUCAAAGAUUACUAUAUGUUGCAGAAGAACGUGGAUUUCCUGGGAUGGUUGGAAGCAUCGACUGUAUGCAUUGGGUUUGGAAGAAUUUCCCAACAGCUUGGAAAGGCAUGUAUACACGAGGAUCCGGCAAACCAACAAUUGUUUUAGAGGCGGUCGCGUCAUAUGAUCUCUGGAUAUGGCACGCCUUUUUUGGAUCUCCAGGUACUUUUAACGAUAUUAAUGUUCUUGAUCGAUCUCCCGUCUUUGAUGAUAUACUUUAUGGUCAAGCUCAACAAGUUACCUACUAUGUUAACGCCAGAGAGUACAAUUUGACUUACUAUCUGACAGACGGUGUUUAUCCGAAAUGGCUAACUUUUAUUCAAUCCAUACCACUACCACAAAGUCCAAAAGCAUCUUUAUUUGCUGAACGCGAAGAAAGCGCCCGAAAAGAUAUUGAGUGUGCUUUUGGUGUCCUACAAGCUAUAUUCACCGCGUGUAUCAUACUCCACAAUAUGAUUGUUGAAAAUGAACGAGAUGGAUACACUCAAGCUGACGUUUCUGAUUUCCCACAAGGAGAUGGUGUGGAUCUUUCAUAUUCUAUCAAUAUGGCUUCAAAUAUCAGCAAUGUGUUGAAUGGUCAAACAAUAAUUCGUGAUAGAGAAGUUGAAACAACCUGA